GUCUGGACUCCUGAGCUCAGACCUUCCACACAGACUUCUGUACUGUACAUCUAAAUGCCAUGACACGGCAGACAGCAAACAGCUCUCCAGCAUGGAGGACUUCCUCAUCCCAGAGGACGCUCAAUCCGAGCACGGCUUCAUCUCUCCGGGCGGCUCAGGGAAAACCAGACUGGACUGGGUGAAGAACCUCCUGCAUGGGGCCUUCACCGUAUACAUCAGGGACUAUUUAAAGCGAAACGGACUGCUGACUCUGUCUGUGAUCGGAGUGUUUACAGGGUGCGUCCUUGGAUACACACUCAGGGGAUGUGAACUCUCCACACAGGCAAAGAUUUAUCUCUCGUUCCCGGGUGAGCUCCUGAUGAGGAUGCUGAAAAUGCUCAUCCUGCCCCUGAUCACCUCGAGUUUAAUGUCAGGUCUGUCGUCCAUGGAGUCCAAAGCCUGCUGUCGUAUGGGUUUAUUAACUGUGACCUAUUACCUGUGGACCACCUUCAUCGCCGUGAUGGUCGGCAUCAUGCUUGUGGUGAUCAUCAAGCCAGGCUUCGCAACCGACAUGGAGAGCACCAGGCUUGGAGGAGGUCCGGUGAUGACCUCAGCUGACGCUCUGCUCGACCUGGUCAGAAACAUGAUCCCUUCAAAUCUCAUCGAAGCCACGUUUCAGCAGUACAAAACUGAUCUUAUUCCUGUUGUUAAAACGCAAGUCAGCGACAAGCAGCACAACUUCCUGUACCUGAUGCCGGAUGAGGAUCAUCGUAAAGGUCACACGGUUCUGCUGGAUCUCACGCCACCUCCUGAGGUUCACUAUAAGGUUUAUCCUGGAAGUAGCCACCAAAUGAAUGUUCUGGGGAUCGUCAUCUUCUCAGCUACUAUGGGGCUGCUGCUGGGGAAAAUGGGUGAGCGAGGUGCACCUUUGGUCAACGUCUGCCAGUGCAUCAACGAGUGUGUUAUGAAGAUCAUCAAUGCAGCAGUGUGGUAUUUCCCCUUUGGAAUCAUCUUUCUGGUGGCUGCGAAGAUCCUGGACAUGAGCGACCCGUCCACUCUGGGGAAGAAGCUGGGCUGGUACGCAGUGACCGUUCUGGCUGGACUCUUUGUCCAUGGCUUCAUUCUUCUUCCACUCUUUUAUUUCCUCCUAACACACAAAAACCCAUUCAAGUUCAUCAGAGGCCUCCUGCAGGCUAUGGUCAUCGCCCUGGCCACUUCCUCAAGUUCUGCCACGCUGCCCAUCACCAUGAAGUGUUUGCUGGAGAACUGUCAGGUGGAAAGACCGAUCGCACGCUUCGUCCUGCCCGUAGGAGCAACCAUCAACAUGGACGGCACCGCUCUGUAUGAAGCCGUGGCAGCCAUCUUCAUCGCUCAGGUCAACGAGUACGAGCUCGAUUUUGGACAGAUGGUGACAAUAAGCAUCACGGCCACUGCUGCCAGCAUCGGUGCUGCGGGCAUCCCCCAGGCUGGCCUCGUUACCAUGGUGAUAGUGCUGACGUCAGUAGGACUGCCACCAGACGACGUCACGCUGAUCGUCGCCAUCGACUGGAUUCUGGAUCGGUUUAGAACAAUGAUUAACGUACUCGGAGACUCGCUGGCUGCUGGAAUCAUCGGACAUCUGUGUCGGAAAAAAUCUGCUUCUGAUAAAAGGGUAAAACAAACGCCAGCGCAAUGUGACGCAGCACAAUCCGAACACGGGGUUUUAACGUUGCUUUCCCCCCCCUCAGGGAUCAGGUGCUGGAUCGUGUCAGAAAGAAAUCACGGCCAAAACCUGAAGAACGUUCAUCUGGCCGAGGUGCCGCUGCUCGCAGGGAAAGACUGCGUGUAUGAGGUGGUUGGAGACACGGUGACCGAGCGACCCACCAUCUACUACAACAUCUGCCAGGUCUGAACUCACACGUGCCUUACAACAAACACGUUAUGAUUAAGGAGUCUCAACAUCUGCUGAUAGGACCUUCACCAAGCAGCUGAAAUGCUCAGCAGUUAUUCCACAAAAGGCCCUGAUACGUCCACCGCCUUACCCGAUGUUUAUACUCUAUUUUUCGGUUUAGGAAACGCUGAUAUUACACAUUCAGUCUAUUUUAGAUCGUGUUUAGAGAUGAACACUGGAACACCUGCUCAUUCAUCUACUCCAGGGGUUUCCACAAAAAAAAAAAAAAAAAAGUGUGGCUGCAGGUUUUCAUUCCAACCAAUCAAAUUUGACCCUUUUCAAGCUCGUGAUUUGUAAUGAUUAUCAGGAAGACACCCCUGGUCUACAGCAAAGGGAUGAAUGAUCAGUUUCUCCAGUCUUCAGCUACCUUGUUUGGAGGUGUGAGAAGAGUUUGAUGCUGAAGAUAUCCUGCUUUUUACAUUUAUACAUUCAUUUCCUUAUAAAAAUCCACUCUGGGCUCUGUUUUUAAAAGGUCUUUGUGUACAGCUCCGUUCCGUGUACGUGUGUAACGAUCUUUUCAGGAGAUCAGGUAUCACGUUAUUAAAUCUGUAGCUCCUGCA